AUAGCGGCCGUUGAAAGCCCGCUCUUUAGUCCGCCCCAGUGUUGGCGGAGAGCAGUGGUGGGCGGUAUCCUGCUGGGAGUGAUGGCGAACGGUGAGUCGGGGAGCUGGCAGCGACUUUAUCACCAACACCAUCAGCAUUGUCCCCACCACUGCCUCACGCCCCAUCUGGCGGCGGACUCUCAAGUGGUCACAAAUUUCAAUGUCCGGGAGCACAGGCCCGUGUGUUCGUAAAAUGGCGGCGGAGCCUGCGCGUCGGCGGUAAUCGGCAUUCAGGGGCAGAGUGACCGGUAUAAAAAUUCAUUCCCGAAGCUAGAUUUGGAUUUUGUAAAGCAUGAGUUGCGAAGCUUUCCCCCACAGCGGGGUUUCAGUCGUCGCCGGUUCCUGCAGUGACGGCGGAGCGAACGAACACACUGCCCUGUAUUUGAAAUUGUGGACGAGGCUGCAGUUGGCGUGGUCCAGGCCCAGUUCGCUGCUCUUCCACCGGCCUUCGGACGAGCCCGCUCCCCUCGGGUCGCUCCUUCGCAAGAUGCAAGGCGGCUUGGUUGAGGAGAGCCAGGCCGCCGGCCCUGUCGGAAACCAGCCCGCUAUCGGACAGUGGCUGGGCGCCGCCCUUCACUGGAGUCCCGAGGCCGCGGGCGGCGGCGAUGUCGACGAGGAGCCGCCGCUCCCUCUGCGCGACUCCGAGCCAUUGGCUCCCUGGUCUCAGAGCCUGUUGGGGAAGGUGUGGGGCAAGGUCUGGCUUGGAGUCCUGGAACCCCGCAGCUGGUACGACCUAGCCCGAAGGGCGGCCUGUUAUCCCCGGGACCCGAACAAGCAGGCGUUGGACCAGUGGACCCGUGACUAUCCAGCAUCUUCUCUACAUCAGGAAAAGCCCGACCUCAGCAUUUGGCCACAUGCUGACCUACCCCUCUCCGCCGUCCAGAGAAUGGAGAAGCCCUCGGAACUUUACCGACCCAUCGCCGUAGACCAGGACCAUGGAUAUUUUAGUCUGGAAGAGGAGCAAACUAAUCCCCAGCAGCUUAAUUCAGACAAUGAUAUCUGUCCACGGCCCGAGGGUGCUAUGGAUCAUUCCUCUGAAGUUAAUGAUGGGACGCACAAAAAGGACACUUAUGCAGCAAAUGAAGAUGAAGUUUUAUUGCACCUUGUUGAUGUGGACUUGGCCACCUGUAAUCGUUUGGAAAUUGAGAAUAAGGUGAUAUCCUUGGGGGAUGAUGAGUGGGACAGUAGUGAUGAUACAGAGGGUGACUCCGAGGAAGAAGAAAUCAGCCUUUCCCUAGCCAGACCUCAGUGCUCUAAUAAAACGAUAGCCUACAUUUUAGGAAGCCCAGACAGUGAUGAUGAAGAUGAUGAUAGCGAGGAUGACAGUGAUUGGGACAGUGAUGGAUUUGACAGUGAUGAAAGUUCUGAACUCUCAGACAGCAGUGUAGAUCUCCAGAAUCCUUUUCCUGAAUCCUCUGAUCCAUACAACCUUCUGAACUUUAAAGCUUCCAUUAAAACUCAGCACAAGUUAGAAACUAGAACUUCAUUUGAACCGAGUCAUCCCCAGCAGUCUCUGCCAUGCUUGCCCAUAAUAGAAGACCUUGAGGACCGACUAGACAGUGGGUUUUCUGAGAUUAUUCAGGAUGAGUCACAUGUUGAAUUGCCUUUGCAAAGAAAAUGCUGCAAAAGGGUUACCUUUGAUGAACAUGUCACCGAAUACUAUGUAAGCAGCGAAGAGAUCCGUAAAGGUCCUUGGGAAGAAUAUGCUCGGGAUCGCUGCAGAUUCCAGAAGCGAAUCAAAGAAACUGAAGAAAGUAUUGGUUAUUGUUUUACUCUUAAACACCGAUGGACUGUACUGAAACGAUUGCAGAUGGAGAGCUAGUACAGAUAGGAUUGAGAAAAACAAAGCUCACAUCCUUUGCUAAUUAGACUAUUGACAGAUUAAUCCUCAGAUUUGUUUGAACCAUGCAAUGUCAUCUGACAGGAUGGUGGUUGGGUGAAAUAAUCACAUUUGAGGCUACUGAGAAGCGUCAUCAAAGGAGUCCAAUAUUGUUUAGGCACUAUUGUGAGCUUUAGUUCUCUUAAUUAUCAUCAGGUCUUAUGCUCCUAAUAGUUUUCACUUUUUUAUGCUUGGCUUUCUCUGCCACUUUAUGCUUGGUUUCCCCUGCCACUUUAUGCUUGGUUUCCCCAAUGCGCAAGAUGGCUUCUGUGUGAAAGUUGUAUAUGCUGCCAUUAGGUCAAUUUCUGUGCCCCAUUUGGAGACAGUUAUGGUUUAUGAAGAUUAACACACACUUUGUUCAAUCAGUUACCUAAUAUUGUGGUGAUAGUAAUUUACUCCCUUUUUACUGAAAUCUGGAUUGAUGCAAAGACUUUGUAGAAGUGUUAAGUCCUCUGUGAUUCACCUUAGACAAAAAGCAAAUGUAAGUAUUUGGAAGAUGUAUCUUGAUUCAAUGUGGUGUUCAACUGCAAUGGGACUGAGGCACUUCAUCAAAGAACAGAAGGAUUAAAGGGGGAAAAUGACUUUAUUUUAAAAUUCCAAAGCUCAGAUUACAUCUGAGUUUCAUUCUGAAAAUCAUGUGUUUUAGGGCAAAAUUUUAAAGGAUCUUACCCAAUGUUUUUAAUAUUUGUUUCAUCACACAAGGAAGCUAUUUGUCCAUUCUGGCUAACUCAAUUCCAGAGCCGUCAAGUGGGAUUUGAUUCAGGCCUGUGGAAUGGUACUGUAAUUUAUCCACUGCACCACUCCAGAUAAUUUCUUAAAACUGAAUUUUUGGCAUUGACAUUACUGUUUGGGGUGAGGGUUUCUGAAGUGUAAAUCUUGAAAGGUUGGUCUUCACUGCUGCACUCUGAACAGUAGUGUAUUAUAAACCAAGCAGUAGACCAGUUCACAUUUUUAACAUCUGAUCCUUCAAAGCAGCACAGAAAUAACUGCUUUUAUUAUAGAGGUCAACUAAGAAAAGAGGUAAAUUCUUUAGAGAUUAAGUUUUAAAUUGUUUUGGCCUGUAUUACUCCUUUAGCCUUGUUAACUUUUAAAUUUCUACUGCAUUCAGUUUCCUGGUGAGUCCUCUGCAUAUUUUAUGAUGCAUUCCACAUAAUAGCUAGAUUGCAGUAUGACAACACUGGAGUCACUUCAUUUUUCAGUUUCACUAGGUAACUACUUAUUUUUAGUUCACAUCUAUUGAUAUGAAGGAAAUUGUGUGCACUAAUUUGCUAUCCCAUUUUUCCUUCUCUUCCCCCCCCCCCCCCCCCGGUAUCUUUAAGGAUUUGUAACCUCUUUUAAAUAUAUCAGGAGAAAGGGAAGUCUUGAUUUAAAUAAGUUGUGAAAGAAAAUAGUUUGAAUUGUUAGGACCAAUAAUUUAAUUCAUUGUCAAUACCUAGAAUUAUAGCUUUGAAGCGACGUGGUUAGAUUUUUUAUAUGGGCUUGUGUAUUUCAAUGGAUUACAAUUGAAUCAUUUACCUAUUUAGCUCCACUAGGAUGUGCAGAAGGGAGUUCUCACUGUUUUCUCUAAGCAGAAACCUUGCCACAGGGGGUGGCUAUUUGAGCUAUCAUCCUUAAACCAAAUAUUUGAAAGAACGAUCAUUAACUUCUCACACUCCCUUACUCUUUCACUGUAGUGCUCUACUUCCCCUCCUCCCUUUUGAAAACUUUUCAUUUGCUUUCAGCCAAUUCAAUCCAUGUCAUUCUAACAAUUUGGCUAACGGAAAGACUUCACUAGUUCUUUUAAUAAUUUGGUGUAAAAAGAUUUGAUGCUACCUGAUUAUAUAGGAGUGUAAGCUGGUAAAAGGAAUUGUGGUGUAAGGUGAAUUCUGCAGUCUGUGUGCUACAGUUUUAGGUAGUUAUUAGCUACCCAUUCAACAGCUAAUUUGAUAUAAGGACACUACGUAUUGCAGCAUUUGAGGGAAGAAAGUGCUACUGUUUCAGGUAAGUGACCCAAUCAAAGGAAAGUGACUUGUAACCUUUAUUUUUCUUCCCACUGAUGAUGCCUGAUUUUUUUUCCCCAGUGUGUUAAGCAUUAUCAGAUUACUAUACUACCUACCCAACUGUAAUGCACUGUUAGUAACUAAUCAUAACAUCUUUCUGCUCAUGGGCUGUGAAAUCAAUAUUUUGCUCAAUUUUUUUGUGAAAAUUGAGCACUAAUUUGUUCCAACUACUUGGUUGUCUAUGUGCAACCCCUGCCAUGUUUUAAAAUGCAGUACAAGUCACAUUUAAAAUCACAUUUCAAUCCCUUUCUCAAGACUUCGUGAACAGAAAUGUAUUGGGUCGCUUCCCAUUAUUUCAUUUUUAAAUAAUUGCUGAAACUGAGCUAUGUGUAAUUGAUAACAACCACUUUUCAACAGUCUUACUCACAUGCUAAUGAUGAUUGAUGCUUUAAAUACUGCUUAGCUUUCAUUUCCAACAAUAACUUGCAAACUUGGGGUCUAAAAUUCCAUCAAGUGUUUUAGCUUACUGAAGUGUUACAUUUCUCACAAACUUAGCAGUACUUGUACAAUGAACUUGAGUACUUAAGGUACUCCUUUUAAAAUAAACAAAAAGAUGGGGUGUUGCUUUGUUAAUAGAGAAACAUUGGUAAGCACUCCUUUACCCUGCAUCAGGGCACCUUUUCUGGUCAGAUGAUGCGUCUCUACUGGUGAAUCUGCUCACCUGAAAAGAAUGGUUACUCAAACUAAAGAAAGCAUAAGGAAAUGCUGGCUGACCAUGCAUUAUCUGCUGCUGUUCACAUUCCUCACUUGGCAAAUGUGCAAGCUUACUCUCAGAAUUUUGUUUUGAGGGACUCCGGUAAGCAGUUGGAGCUGAUCUCAGCAGCUGUUGGAAAAGAUGGUCAAAAUGAUCAGAAUUGCCACGACACAAAUCCAGCGUCAGCUUGUUUUUUUUUCCCUUGCAUUCUGUAAUCCCCAUUUUUGAAUAUCUCUGUGAGGUAUGAGAGUUCCUGAAGACCGAUUAGCAAGAGAUGCUACUUUGCACCGUUUGCCCUCAGUUUGAGUUUUAAUUUACCAAGCAUCUAAUUCUUCUGUAAAUUUUUUGCAAAUCUGUAAAAUGUAUAAAGAACUAUAUUUUGCAUCAGAUUUGUUAAUUAUUGGUAAAUGGCUAUAAAAUUAAUUUAUAAUUCCCCAUCAAAUUGUAUUAAAAGGUGAAUUACUAAUGGUGCAUUAAGCACUUAAGAAAAAAAUUUGAAAUUACAAAUAAAAAGAAUCUGAAGCCUGUCAAGUUAUUUUUUCACUUUGUGCUGUGUUCCUGUAGAUGCUGCAAAGCGGUAUAGCUGAACAAAGAUAUUUCCUUUUCUCCAGGCUAAGUCCUGGGUUGAGAGGGUGCCCUAUCAGGAAAGAAAUGGACUGUAUCUGGGUUUAGUCAGGUUUAAUAUUUCAUGAUGUAAAUUUUGUUUUGUUGCCACAGUAGUGUGCAAACAUUACUGGAAGUUACAAAAUAAAUAAUAUGGUUUGCUUUAUUCAAACUUUAAAAUCCUAAGGGGGCUUUUCAGAGUAGAUGUUGGGAUAUUUUCUCAAAUGGCAAAGUCUUGAACAGUGGGGUAAAAGAGCAAGAUAAACUGCCGGUCAGAUAAAACUGAAGUACAUAGAAAUUUCUUGUGGGUACUGAAUCUCUGGAAUUCUAUAUAUACCCUGAUAGAUGGUGGAAGCUGGAUCACUGAGUAUUUAAUGUUGGGGUGGAUAAAUGUUUGAUAGAUUGAGGGAUGUGUAAAAAUGGUACAAAAAAGAAAUUGAGGCCAUCAUAGUUCAUCCUUGAUCAUGUUAAAUAGUGGGGAGCAGGCUUCAAGGGACUGAUGGAUGCCUACUAGCGUGUUUUUAUACUACAGAGGGUCUUUAUACCUUCAAAGCAUGAUUAUUCUUUUAGUGGUUGUGUUCCAAAUGCUGACGAAGAGCUGUGCUGUUGAGUUCAUACUCAAAUGGCAGUGGGUGUAAAUAGGAGUAUAUUGUGUGCCUGAUUGUUAGCAAGUAAAUAAGGGUUAUCUUGUAAUCCAAUAAGUAUAUGGUAGAUUGCCUUAUGUUCUUUCUCCACAUUGUUGGAUUUUUAUUGUCCAAAUAUCUUCCAUUCAUAAGCCUGAAUAAUCUGUGAGUGUACACAGUUCUGGUGUAGUGAAUAAUAGUAAAGAAUUAGGAAGUUAAUGUGUUAAGAAUGGUUGGAAGUAUUAGAACUGGAGUAAGUCAGGUUCAUUAAUAAAAUCGGGAUACAUGAUUAUUUGCCUUGUUCUCAUUUUCCUACCAGAUCUCUGAAUUUAAUUGAUGGCUUGACACCUACACUGGGUUCCAGAUAUGUGCUA